GGGGUUUUUUUUUUAAUACGGACAAUCUCGAAUUUUCUUUACAAAACGGCCCAACCAACAGGUGGCGGCCUUGUUUUUAUACCCUGAAUUCCUCCCUCAUUGUCUCUCUUAUUCCAACGCCCAAUAAAAGUAAAACUGCUGUUAUCUCUCCUCUUCCUUCAACCUCCAAACUCCAUAGUCAUCUCUCCAUCUUCACCACCAUUUUUUGAUAAUUUAUUUCUUCCCCUUCAAUCCUCCAUUGAAGCAGUUUCUGAGGAGAGAAUGGGCAGUCAAGAAACAAGCUUGGAGCUUUUAAGUGUGGAUCUGAUAAUUAAUAUUCUGGUUAAGCUCUCUGAAAAGGAUCUGAUUAGGUGCAAGUGUGUAUCGAAAGAGUGGCAUAGAAUUAUAACCCAUGUUUGCGUUCCCAGGUUGUCUGUUGAGGCACCUGUUUCAGGGGUUUACUUCCGUAUUGCUCAAUUACCGGGUAGCUUGGGACAUCUUACGACAUACUCCCCUCAAAAAGUUAAAAAGCUACUCUUUGACCAUAUUAAAUCUGAUGAUAGUGUGCACAUCAUGGAUGGUGCUCCUUUGAAAGAUGAGAAAUCUGGGUUUGAGGGCAUGUCUUAUGCAAGUAUAUUGCCGUUUGAUCACCGCGGUCCUGAUUUUUUGGACUGUUGCAAUGGCUUGCUUUUGUUUGUCCAUCGUCCUAAACCCCGCUUUUACGUGUGUAAUCCUGCCAUCAAACAAUGUGUGCCCAUUCCUCUCCCUCCACCUACACUCCAUCUGCCCUCCCUUUAUGCCUCAUUAGCCUUUGAUCCUUCUGAGUCCAUUCAUUACCGUAUUGUCAUCUUAUCACUUACAACUCAGCCACAGUAUUUGCUAAUUUUUUGCUCCCAAACUGGAGAGUGGAUGACACAUGAGGUUCAAGUUAGGCUACCUGUUCCUUAUGAGUGCUUUCGGAUGGUUAGGCACUGUGUUUACUUCAAGGGCAUGUUAUAUAGAUUAUCUUUGCCUGACAAGAUUCUAUGUAUUGACCUUGAAUCUAAGACUAUCCAUAUAAUUGCUUCCCCAGACGAGAGAAAUAUAUCACUUCCAAGAGGAUGUUUUGGGGUAUUAGCUGGCUCCUUAUCGUAUGCAAAGAGAGAAUAUGGACAUUUGUGGGUGUGGUUGCUUGACAACCAUAGCAAACAGGGUGAGUGGAUAUUGAAGUAUAAAAUCGCCUUCUCUCACAUAUAUGAACUUGCAUUAAGCUUGUAUUUUGCUACUUUUACCAUAUGGAUACAUACAUUUGCAUUUCAUCCGAAAUCCAACAUCAUAUUUUUGGGCUCUGCUCGUUCACUUAUGAUGUAUGAUCUUAGUUCUGGUCAUAUGGAACUUGUACAGAGUAAUGCAAUAAGCGAUAUCCAUUGUGGUUCUUUGUUCUCUCUGUUUACAUAUAGACACACCCUGAUCACAUUGAAGAGCUGGUGCAGGACUCCUAACGAUCUUGAUAACUCUGAAGAGGUGCAAGACGAUUGGUGUUUCACUGAGCAAUGAUUAUAUCUAUUCAUUUUCGUGAGAGCUGCAGCUUGUUGCAAUCAACUGCCAGGCACCUCACUGUGUUGAUUCUACAGCUUAAUAAGGUGACAUCGACUGUACAUUAUUCCAAGAAUAAAGGAAAUGUUGGCAUCUGCACCCUCUUUAAUUUAUUGGUGCUUAGUGGUAAGCUUCAAUAACAGAUACCAAGUAGGCUAAUUGAGACAAGGGAAAGGAAAACUAAUAUGAUCUCAAAAAAAAGAAAAAAAAAAAAAUUUAUCUUUGAUUGAUUUGUGUAUUUGAUUGAUUUGUCUUUUAAGCUGCUUUAUGUAGUAUUAUAAUACUAGUUUAGCUCCAGCCUAGUUUGAUUUCUUAUUAUA